UAGCUGCGGCCCUGGCUGUGGUAGCUACGGUGACCGGCUAGUCCCGGACUAGGGGGGCACAGUGUGUGUGUGUGUGUGUAUAUGAUGCCGGCGUGGCCAUGGAGGAUCCUGGGCAAGAUGUAGUAGCUUCACCAGCUACACCUGGGGUUGGCAAAUCUAAGUUAGAAACAUUACCCAAGGAAGAUCUCAUCAAGUUUGCCAAGAAGCAGAUGAUGAUAAUACAAAAAGCUAAAUCAAGAUGCACAGAAUUAGAGAAGGAGAUUGAAGAAUUGAGAUCAAAACCUGUUGCUGGGGGAACUAAUGAUGUAAUUCAGGCUCUUACAGAACGACUGGAUACUGUUCUUUUGGAAAAAGCAGAGUUUGAGCAACACUGUUUAGCUCUGAAGAAAGAAAAUGUUAAAAUAAAGCAAGAAGCUGAAAAUUCCAUAACCAAGAUGGAAGACCUACAAAACGAGUUGGAACACUCACAUAGAAGUUACUUGGAAGAAAUUGAAAGUUUGAAAACUGACUUAAUUGAAGUACAGUCCAAGUACAGUGAUGAUAGAGCUGGCUUAGAGAAGGAAUUGCAGGACGCAAUGCAAAAACAAAUAGGACUUGCAGAAAAGCUUAAAAUUAAUAAUAAUGAGUCCCAAGAUGAUGUCAAAAAGCUUCAAGAAGAGAUUCAAAGAAUUAGGCCAGCUUAUGAAGGACAAAUUUUGUAUCUGAAAAACCAAUUAGAAGCUAUUGCUGAGGGAAAAAAUCAAGAAAUUAAUGCUCUCCAAAACAUUAUCAAGGCUAAUUCUCAGUAUUACCAAGGUGAAAUCAGUAACUUGCUGGAGGAGCUUUUGCAACUGAAGACUGCACACAAAGAAGAAAUGGCAACAUUGAUGCAUCAGCUAGAAGUUUAUAGUAAAGAGAGUGAAGAAGAAAGAAACAAAUCAAUACAGCUAAAGCAGUCUAAGGUAAAUGAAAAAAACAUUCAGGAGCAGUUGGAGCAUGAAAACCUUAAAGAAGUAUUAAAUCCAAUUAAAGAAAAUCAGGUACGUGAUAGAGAGAUCCAAGAAGAUACUGCUGUUAAACAAAUAGUUAAUGAAAAGGUCAAACACUUAGAACAUUCCUUGAAAGAACUGGAGUCACAGCAUAGUAUGUUAAAAGAUGAAGUAACCUAUAUGAAUAAUCUUAAAUUAAAACUAGAGAUGGAUGCCCAGCAUAUAAAGGAUGAGUUUUUUCAUGAGCGGGAAGAUUUAGAAUUUAAAGUUAAUGAACUACUACUUGUUAAAGAAGAUCACUGUUGUAUAAUUGAAAAAUUAAAAUCUGAGCUAGAAGCUUCAAGAAAUCAAGUUAGCAAUACUAUUAAACAACAUGAUAUGGAAGUAGAGCGUCUUAAAGAGGCACAUCAAAAGGAAAUAUCAGAACUAAAGCAUACUUUCUUGUCAGAUUCAAAAAAAGAAAAUUUAGCCAUAAUGACUGAAAUACAGGAUCUUAAGGAACAGUAUGAAAGCCUACAGCAAGAAAAGCAGGAAGCAGUUUUAAAUUAUGAGAGUUUGCGAGAAACUAUGGAAAUGUUACAAAGAGAUUUGGGUGAGUCCGCUGGAAAGAUCAGCCAAGAAUUUGAAUCCAUGAAGCAACAGCAAGCUUCUGAUGUUUUUGAGCUGCAGCAAAAACUCAGAACUGCAUUUAAUGAAAAAGAUAAGCUCCUUGAAACUCUGAAUCUUCUCAAAGGAGAACAGGACAUAAUAUUAUCUAAGCAAGAUGAGUCACAGAAACAAGAAAAUGUAAUCAAGUACCUUCAAGAGAAAAAUGAAGAAAUCUCGAUUAGUCUUAAUCAGAAAGAUCUCAUGGUACAAGAGCUACAAGCAAAAAUAUGUACUCUUAAUGAUGAAAAGGAUCAUUUCUUAAGUAAAAUACAAAAUGCUCAGGAGGAAUUGGACAACCUUCACAAAAAAUGUGAAAGGAAAGAGGAAGAGAUUGUAGAACUUAAGGAAAAAGAAGAUCAAAUUACUCAGUACAAUGGUGAAUUAGAACAAAAGAUGAAUGCAUCAAUGGUAGCAUUGAAAAAGGCUUUAAAAGAAAAAGAACAUAACAACCAAAUUGUGGAAAAACUUGAGGUUCAAGUUCAAGUUCUCUCUGAAGAGCAAGAAAUAUUGUUGUCUCAGAUGAAGAACCUUCAGGAAGAAAAUGAAAAACUAAGUAAGGAAUGGGACCAAAUGAAUAAAUAUUUGGACACUUUUAUAUCUGAAAAAAAAGAAUUUAGCUUUAAAGAGAAAACUAUAGAAUUGGGAAAUAAACUUCAUCUGGCAAUUAAAGAAAAAGAUAAUUUAGAUAAGUUAUUUGUAAAGGAGCAAGCACAAAACUCAAUUGUUAGAUUCCAUCUAUAUGAUUUUCUGAAAGUGAUGGGAGCCACAGUUUCAGAAAUAAAUGAGGAACAAGAUAUCAUGAUUAUCUUACAAGCUGUAAGAGACUCUUUAGGAAGAAUGAAGGAGGAAAAACUGAGCUUGGAUUUUCAGAAAAAUGAAAUGGUGCUUCAGUUGCAGAAAGAAAAUGAACACAUCAAAGAAGAGAAUUUAGCUAAUUGUAAAGAACUUCGAUCUUUACUGGAAGACUAUGAAAGAGAGAGAAUUUCUCUGAAGGAAGAACUGGAAGGAUGUCUAUCAGAAAAAAUGGCAUUGCAGCAUGACCUUCAAGAGAUGAAUAAUGUAAAUGAGAAGACAAGACUUGAAAACCAAAAUCUUUUAGCUCAGAUAAAAGAAAUCUCUCAGAAGCUUUUAUGUAGCAAAAAUGAAAUUCAGGAUCAAGAAGGGUCUUCUGUAGAAGAACAAGGAAACAUAAGACUGUUGCUAGAACAAAGAGAAGCUGAACUACAUGAUGUGAAAGCAGAAUUGACAUCUAUAAAGGAUUCCUUAGAGAACUCAACCUCUGUAAAAAGUGACCAACAUUCAGUAAUGGAGCUAGAAGAUAAAAUUGUAAAUUUAGAAAAAGAAUCAAAAGAAAAAGAAGAGAAAUUAAGUAAGAUAAAACUUGUUGCCUUGAAAGCAAGGAAAGAACUUGAUUCCAGCCGAAAAGAGGCACAAUCUCUGAGGGAAGAACUUGAAUUGGUUCGAUCUGAAAGAGAUCAUUUGUCUGCUUCUAUGAAAGACCUCAUUCGAGGAGCAGAAGGCUAUAAGAAUCUUUUCUUAGAAUAUGAUAAACAAGCAGAGCAAUUGGACAUGGAAAAGGAGCGUGCAAAUAAUUUUGAGCAUCAUAUAGAAGACCUUAAAAGACAAUUAAAUAAUUCAGCUUCUCAGUGUGACAAGCUGAGCUCUGAUAAUGAAACUCUCCUAGCACAUAUUGAAACUCUACAGUCUAAUGUCAAGAUGUUAGAGGCUCAAAUUUUGGAAGUUCAGAGAGCGAAGGUCACAGUGGACAAAGAAUUGGAAACUGAAAAACUUCAAAGAGAGCAAAAGAUAAAGGAGCAUACUAAUACUUUAAAGGAAUUUGAAGAGCUUCAGGUACAGCUUCAGAAGGAAAAGAAACAUCUUCAGAAAACCAUACAAGAGUUAGAGAUGGUUAAGAAGGAUGCUCAGCAAACUACAUUGAUGGACAUGGAAAUAGCUAAUUAUGAACGUUUAGUGAAAGAACUGAAUCAUACCAUUACUGAUCAAAACAGCAGAAUUGAAGAUUUAGAACAAGAAAUUAAAAUUUAUAAACAAAAACAAGAAACCCUACAGGAAGAAACAAGUUCACUUCAGUCCUCAUUAACACAAGCUGAGGAUAAAAACACCAAAAUCAAGCAGCUACUAGUGAAAACAAAAAAAGAACUGAAAGAAUCAAAACAAGCUGAGACCAAUCAGCUAAAACUUCACGCAUCUUUAAAAGGUGAACUAGAAGCAAACCAGCAGCAAGUUGAAGUCUAUAAAAUUCAAUUAGCUGAAGUAACAUCAGAAAAACACAAAAUCCAGGAACAACUGAGGACUUCUGUAGAGCAACACCAGCGUACCCUAAGUUCUUACCACCAGAAAAUCACAAUUCUACAAGAAGAAUGCAACACAGCUAAGGCAGAACAAGCUACCAUUGCCUCUGAAUUUGAGAGCUACAAAGUCCGGGUUCAUAAUGUUUUAAAACAACAAAAAAAUAAAUCUUUAUCUCAGAGUGAAACAGAAGGAGCCAAACAGGAAAGACAACACCUAGAAAUGAUAGACCAACUAAAAAUGAAAUUGCAAGACACUCAGAACAAUUUACAAACCAGUGCAUCUGAACUUCAAGUAUUACAAUCUGAACAUGAUAUGCUACUGGAACGGCAUAAUAAGAUGCUGCAGGAGACAGUUGCAAAAGAGGCAGAACUCCGAGAAAAGUUCUGUACAAUACAAUCAGAAAACAUGGUGUUGAAGUCAGAGUAUGCCCAGACUGUGAGUCAGCUAACAUCCCAGAACGAAACACUCCGCAGUAGCUUCCGGGAUCAAAUGAGACAUUUGCAGGAAGACCACAGGAAGACCAUGGAGACACUGCAGCAGCAGCUUUCCAAAGUAGAAGCUCAGUUCUUCCAGCUCAAGAGUGACCCUGCUGUCAGAAAUUCAAAUUCUUCACAUCAGCCUCCAAAGAAUCUUCGUGAAAGAAGAAACACAGACCUACCCCUCCUUGAAAUGCACACUGUAGCCAGAGAGGAGGGAGAAGGAAUGGAGACAACUGACACUGAGUCUGUGUCUUCUACCAGUAUCCAUACACCAUCUCUCGAACAGCUUCUUAAUUCUCCUGAAGCUAAAUUUGAACCUCCUUUGUGGCAUGAAGAACUCACCAAAGAAGAAUUGGUUCAGAAGCUUAAUUCCACCACAAAGAGUGCUGACCAUUUGAAUGGUCUCCUUCGGGAAACUGAAGCAACCAAUGCAAUUCUCAUGGAGCAAAUUAAGCUUCUCAAAAGUGAAGUAAGGAGAUUGGAAAGGAACCAGGAGCGGGAGAAGUCUGUAGCUAACCUAGAAUACUUGAAGAAUGUCCUGCUUCAGUUUAUAUUUCUAAAAGCAGGGAGUGAGAGAGAGAGGCUUCUUCCUGUCAUAGACACAAUGUUGCAGCUCAGCCCUGAAGAGAAAGGAAAGCUGAUUGCAAUUGCUCAAGGUGAAGAAGAAAGUACAUCUCGACCCUCUGGAUGGGCAUCCUAUCUACAUAGUUGGUCAGGCCUUCGAUAACUGGGUGAAAAGAAAAUGUUUUUCAAGCUGGUAACCAAAUAGAAUAUUUGUGACAAAAUUAACUCAGACACAUGAAGUCCUUUUUUUCUUUUGUGAAUUUGUGUGUGCCCAAACAGAAUUUAUGUAGGCAAAAAAAAGACAUCAACAGCAACUUGAAGGGUUGUGUCAGAUAUCAGUCUUUCAAAGAUUGGCUAUAAUGCCAAGGCCACCUUUUUUGUGGGCUUUUAAUUAAGCUGCCAGUAGAGAUGGAAAGGGGGCACCUAUUUUCUCAUUCUUUAGUGCCUCUGGAUCCUGUUGUUCCUAAGUAGGAAUGUUGUAAGCCCAAUUUUUGGUCCCAUAACAG